GUAAAACAUUAGCAGUUUAUCCCAAUAGCUGGAGCAUGCUUUUUCAGGCUACAGUGAUAAGCGCUGUUUCAAGGAAGAUAUCUACCAACAAUCGACUGUUGAUCUGGACCUCCGAAUCAAAACAACAAGACACCGCUCACACAAACCAACCAACCAAACUCACUGCCCAUAUCCGUUUUCGGCAUCUGUCCUUUUCUUCCUCUCGUUGCAUCUCCUUCCUCGUCGAUCCCUCCAACCACAACCGUCACCAUGCCGUGGAAGCCCCCUCCCAUGCCCAAGUGCGCCCGCUGCGAGAAGUCCGUUUACCCGACGGAGCAGCUCAAGUGCCUCGACAAGCUGUGGCACACGUCGUGCUUCAACUGCGAGAUUUGCCACACCAAGUUGACCAUGAAGACGUACCGUGGCUUUGACAAGAAGCCCUACUGCAAGGCGCACUACCCCGAGCAGCGGGCAACCCAGGUCGCCGAUACACCCGAGUCCAUGCGUCUCAAGAAGCAGACGGAGCGCCAGAGUGUGGUGACGUACCAGAAGCAGUACAACGAGACCAAGGGCCACUAUGUCGGUUCCUCCUCUGACAAGAGCAUGGAGUCUGCGCAGCGUGCCGCUAACCUCGCCAGCAACGUCUCCUACAAGCAGGAGGCCCCCAAGAUGGCCGCGCCACCAGCCCAGCCUGCCGCACCGCCAGCCCAGCCUGCCGCACCACCUGCUCAGCCUGAGCCUGUUGCCCAGCCUGAGCCCGAGCCGCAGCAGGCCGAGCCCCAGGCGCCGGCCCCUGCUGGCGGAGACCGCUGGGUGGCCGUCUUUGACUACGACGCGGCGGACAGCGACGAGGUCUCGUUUAAGGAGGGCGAUGUCAUCAUCAACGUCCAGACCAUCGACGAAGGCUGGGCUCAGGGCACCGUUGAGCGCACUGGCGAGAGCGGCAUGAUCCCCAGCAACUACAUUGAAAAGGCCGAGGGUGGUGCCGAGGCGUCCCAGCCACCAGCACAGCCGGAGCCCCAGGCUGAACCAGAGCCGGAGCCCCAGGCUGAACCAGAGCCGGAGCCACAGCCAGAGCCAGAGGCCCCCGCUGGCGACAAGUGGCGUGCGCUGUACGACUACGACGCGGCGGACAGCGACGAGGUCUCGUUCCAGGAGGGCGAUGUCAUCAUCAACGUCCAGAUUAUCGACGAAGGCUGGGCUCAGGUGCGCCUCCAUCAUGCCUGUUUUGCUUGGAAUCGUUGUCUCCACGCGCUUUCCGCCCUUCUUCCCUAAUCUCCUCUCUCUCUCUCUA